UGUCUGUGUGUUUCCCGCCGGACUUGACGCUGGUCCUCCGCCGAGCACAGGCUGACGCAAAGCCGAAACUGUCGCCAGGGACCGGGCUCCAGAGCCACCGGAGCCGCCUCGCACUGCGGCCGCUUUGUUUAACCCGUGAACGGAGGCUGACGCAGCGGAGCCGGGGAUCCGGUUCUUCCACCUGGAUGUGAGCAGCACCGCCCGGACCGGUGCCCGGAGCCCGUUCAUGUGUUUGGAUCCACCAAGAGUCGACGGGGUCCAUGUAAUUUCUGGCAGAAAAGUGAACCGCUUUAAAAUGGACACCGCCGCCCGCUCUCGGAGCCCGUAGACCGAAAGGCAGCUGAUCUCCAGCUCUUCCUCCUUCCCGCUCUGAGGAGGUGCCAUGUCGGCGGCUCAGACCCAGAAGGAGUCUGGUGAGGGGGGGUGGAGCUGCCUGGAGGCUCUGGGUCUCAGUCAGAAGGAGCUGGUUCUGGCCGAGGCCCUGCAGAUGGAGUAUGAUGCCCUCUCCAGACUCAAACAGGACAAGACCAGUCCAGGACCCGCCCAGACUGGAUCCAGGGCUCCGGCCCAGACCCGCUCCAAGACCCCGAAUCCUUCCAUCGAACGCCCCCUACCCACCCCCAGCCAGCCCAUCCCUGCCCCCCCAGGAGGAAGCCUGCUCAGGGGUCUGUCCGGAUCGGACUCGUCCCUGAACCAGCCCGGAGGGUCCCAGUCCCCGCAGUCUGUCCCGGCCCGGGCAGUCCCUCCUCACGGCGUCAGAGAGUCCCUGUACAUCCUGGACGAUCCAGAGGUCAGCAAGUUCAGAGACUACUCAGGGUCCAGCCUUGGGGACUCGCUGGGAUCUGGACCUGGGUUUCUUCCCAAAGGCUUCCCCUCUCUUCCAGAUGACGUCCCCCCCGCCAUCCCACCCAGAAAUCCUAUCCCCCCAUCGUCAGGGUCAGAGAACCCCUUCCUGCCUAGCCGAGGGUCUACGGCUCCCCGGGACGUGAACCUGUUCACUCCGGAUGUGGAUCAGCCCAAAGUGACCUCAGGAGAGCUGAACUACGACAACAUCAACGGCUCGCUGUCCCGACUUAAUGGGAGCCGACCCGGGCCCCGAGGCCGCCGGGCCAACGGCGACCAAUCGGGAAAGCCUGUGGCUCGGAGCAAGACCCUCCCCCCUCAGGUACCGCCCAGGACGUACGUACCCGUUCCCAAGAGCAACAAGAACCAGCGGCGGGUUUCUGCAGACCCGGUGUCUCUGGGCUCCAGAAUGAACGGGUUUGGAUAUGAACUGUUCCAGGUAUCGGAGGAGAGAGAUGAGGAGGUGGCGGCGUUCUGUCACAUGCUUGACGUGUUGCGUUCGGCGUACCCUUACACCGACCGGUCGAAGAAUGCCGGCUUCGUCUGGUCGCCGUCUGUUGGUCACGAGGAGCUUCACCAGGGUCUUGGGGUCAGUGUGAGGGUCACGGUCAUCAGCGAGCACUUCAGAGAACCGCUCACCUUUACCUGUGACGGUUCGUCCACCGUGGACCUACUGAUCUACCAGACUCUGUGUUACGCUCAGGACGAUCUGGAUCACCUGGACGUGGACGAGUACCUGCUGAAGGUCUGCGGACACGACGAGUUCUUCAACAACUCUCAGACUCUGGCAGGUCUGGAGUUUGUUCAGCAGUGUCUGAAGUUCGACUGGGACGUUCGACUGUUUCUGACCAGGAGAUCAGCUGUGAACACUGAGCUGUCCCGCACGAAAGAAGAUGAUGAGAUGGCGUCCACCAUGAACCACAGCAUCCUGCUGCAGGAGCGACCAAUCAAACAGACAGUCACCAGGGAGGCUCUGACUCUGCUGUUGGACACGUUUCACAAUGAGGCUGAGUCCUUCCUGCUGUCAGAGGUGGAGCUACCGCUGCACGUUGAGCGUCUCGUCCAAUCAGUGAAGGCGCUCUGCAGCUCGUUAGCUGCCGUGGAAACGACUGACAUCACCUCCGCCCUCAACCAGCUCCCAGCAUGCCCCUGUCGCCUGCAGCCCAAAGUCCUGAAGGAUGCAUCAGUGCUGGCGCUCCGAGAGAACAGAGAGAAAGUGGUGGAGAAGCUGACGGCGGCCAUCUUGGAUCUGGUGGAGCUGUACUGCAGCACGUUCAACGCCAACUUCCACACGACGCCGCAGAGUCACAGCUGCACGGCGCCGAUCCAGGAGGCCGGCCUCGUCACCAACGUCCUGUCCUUCAAUGUGUACGCUGCCCACAGGAUCCCCAUCACCUGGGCCACCAGUUACGAGGGUUUCUUCCUGUCCUGCUCUCUGACUCAUGGAGGGGCGGAGCUCUGUGCUCCGCAGCACACCAGCAAACAGUCAGUCAGCAAAUACCUGUUCCACCUGGUGGUGUGGGACCAGAGGGUGUGUUUCCCGGUGCAGAUCAACCAGCUGCCCAGAGAGUCUCAGCUGACGGUGAUUCUGUUUGCCAGCCCCCUGCCCCCCCCUGGAGGAGCCGAGGACAAGGGGAAGCAGCGUCGCAGCAUCGAGGCUCUGGGCUGGGUCACCAUGCCGCUCUUCAACUUCAGACACAUCCUGACAUGUGGCAGGAAGUUAUUGGGUCUGUGGCCUUCAACCCCAGGGAGGACAGGAAACGCCCGGACCAGUUCACCAAACUUCAGCCAACCAGACAGUGUGAUACUACAGGUCGACUUUCCGACCUCAUCCUUCGAGGUCCGGUUCAGUACCCCCCCCCCAGCAGACUUCUGUCCUCAGUAUGACUUCUCCAGACUGGACACCAUCAGUCAGAUCCAGCUGCAGGACGUCCUGCACAAGAAGGCCUUCUUCUGGUUGACGGCGGAGGACAAGCGUCUGCUGUGGGAGAAGAAGGCGUUCUGUCAGUCUGAGAGCGCAGCGCUGCCUCUGGUCCUGGCCAGCGCCCCCUGCUGGGAGUGGGCCUGUCUGCCCGACAUCUACGCCCUGCUGAGGCAGUGGGCCUGCCUGGGUCACCUGGAUGCCCUGGGACUGCUCCACGCCUCAUUCCCAGACCAGGAGCUGCGGAGGACGGCGGUCCAGUGGAUGGACUCCAUCUCAGACCCGGAGCUGCUGGACUUCUUGCCUCAGCUGGUCCAGGCUCUGAAGUACGAGUGUUACCUGGACAGCUCCCUGGUCCGCUUCCUCCUGCGUCGAGCCAUCGGAGACAUUCGCAUCGCUCACUACCUCUUCUGGCUGCUGAAGGACAACUUGCAGGACAGUCAGUUCAGUGCUCGGUAUCAGCACCUGCUGGCCGCUCUGCUCUGCUGCGUCGGUCGGGGUCUGAGGGACGAGUUCGACCGUCAGUGCUGGCUCGUCUCCAUUCUCUCCAGGGUGGCUCACAAAGUCCGGGACGCCACGCCGUCCAGCAGACAGUCGGUGCUCAGAGAGGGUCUGGAGGAGAUGAAGCAGUUCUUCUCCAUGAACAGCAGCUGUAGACUUCCUCUGAACCCGGCGCUGCUCGUCAAAGGAAUCAACAUCCAGUUGUGUUCCUUCUUUAACUCCAACGCUGUCCCGCUCAAACUGUCCUUCCAAAACCUGGACCCUAUGGGAGACCACAUCAACGUCAUCUUCAAGUCAGGAGACGACCUGCGGCAGGACAUGCUGACUCUGCAGAUGAUCCGCAUCAUGAACAAGAUCUGGAUCCAGGAGGGUCUGGACAUGAGGAUGGUCAUCUUCAAAUGCUUCUCCACCGGCAGAGGACGAGGUAUGGUGGAGAUGAUUCCUCACGCUGACACUCUGAGGAAGAUCCAGGUCGAACACGGAGUCACUGGAUCCUUUAAAGACCGGCCACUAGCUGACUGGCUGCUGAAACACAACCCCACUGACGAACAAUACGACAAGGCGGUGGAGAACUUCAUCUACUCGUGCGCCGGCUGCUGCGUGGCAACCUACAUCCUGGGAAUCUGCGAUCGCCACAACGACAACAUCAUGCUGAAGACCAGCGGUCACAUGUUCCACAUCGACUUCGGGAAGUUCCUGGGACACGCUCAGAUGUUCGGGAACAUCAAACGGGACCGCGCCCCCUUCGUCUUCACCUCCGACAUGGCGUACGUCAUCAACGGAGGAGACAAACCGUCGAGUCGUUUCCACGACUUUGUGGAUCUGUGCUGCGAGGCCUACAACCUGAUCAGGAAACACACACACCUGUUCCUCAACCUGCUGGGGCUGAUGUUGUCCUGUGGGAUCCCUGAACUCUCUGAUCUGGAGGAUCUGAAGUACGUCUACGACGCUCUGAGACCUCACGAGUCUGAGGCUGACGCCACCAUGUACUUCACCAGGUUGAUUGAGUCCAGUCUGGGCAGCGUUGCCACCAAACUGAACUUUUUCAUCCACAACCUGGCUCAGAUGAAGUUCGCCUCGUCAGAGGAUCGACCCACACUGUCCUUUGCUCCCAGAGUUCACACGGUGAAGAGCGACGGCCUCAUCAGGAGCCUGUACAUCUGCAGACACAUCCGCACCGCUGCCGCCAAGGCCUACGCGUUCGUGGUGAAAGUGGAGAGGGAGGGGCAGCAGGAGGUUCAGCUGGUUCAGAGGACGUUCGAGGAGUUUCAUGAACUUCACAGUAAAAUGAGGCUGAUCUUCCCCUCGUCCAGACUGCCCAGCUUCCCCAGCCGCUUCGUGAUUGGUCGGUCUCGAGGUGAGGCGAUGGCCGACAGGAGGAAGGACGAGCUCAACGGCUACGUCUGGCACCUGAUCCACGCCAGCCCUGAGGUGGCCCAGUGUGACCUGGUCUACACCUUCUUCCAUCCUCUUCCCAGAGACGAGAGACCAGGAUCCACAGCCUCCAGUAAACCUGCAGAGAUCCAGUGGUCUCCAGCUUCAGGGAAAGAGCUCGGUGAAGUCAAACUCUCCAUCUGCUACAAGAACGACAAACUCUUCAUCAUGGUCAUGCACAUACGAGGACUGCAGCCCCUGCAGGACGGGACAGACCCGGACCCCUACGUGAAGCUGUACCUGCUCCCAGACCCUCAGAAGACCAGUAAGAGGAAGACCAAGGCGGCGCGGCGCACCUGUAACCCCACCUACAACGAGAUGCUGGUGUAUGAGCGGAUCCCUCGGGGGGACCUGGACCAGAGAAUGAUCCACCUGCGGGUCCUGGGUGACGGGGCGUUUUGGGAGAACACCCUGCUGGGAGAGACCUUCAUCCCCCUGAAGAACCUGGUCCCGGGUCAGCACUGGGUGGACUGGCACCAGCUGGGCGCCGCCGGCUCUGACCCCGCCCACUGACCCUGCCCACUGACCGACAGGAAACAGGAAGCAGGAAGUGGUUGAUUUAAAGGAAGAGAAGAAAAGAAGUGGUUCUCCUCAGGAGGAGGACGGAAGAAAAAAGAAAAA